UAGCCGUUAGCACGGAGAGCUAACAGCCGGAGUGUGUAAUGGCGGCCUCGGUGUUGUUGGGGUCUGCGGACAACACCGGACUCAGCUUCACAGUGGGAGGCGGUGGCACUGGGAAUGUUUUAGUCGGGAAUAAUAAUGGACUGGGACCGGCGGGGCCGGCGCCCUGGAACCGUUCUCUUGACCGGGCGCUGGACGAAGCCUCGGCCACCGGGUGUCUGAACCUCAGCGGCAGGAAGCUGAAAGAGUUCCCCCGGAGCGCCGCCAACCACGACCUGACGGACACCACAAGGGCCGAUCUGUCUCGUAACCGUCUGUCCGAGCUUCCUCUGGAGGUCUGUCUGUUCGUGUCUCUGGAGAGCCUGAACCUCUACCAGAACUGUCUGAGGUCUCUGCCAGAUAGUCUGCUCAACCUGCAGGCCCUCACCUACCUGAACCUCAGUCGGAACCAGCUGUCUGUCCUCCCUGUGGUGGUCUGCAGUCUUCCUCUGAAGGUUUUGAUCGCCUGCAACAACAAACUGGUUUCUCUUCCAGAAGAACUGGGUCAGCUGAGACACCUGACUGAACUGGAUGUCAGCUGUAAUGAGAUCCAGACUUUACCGUCUCAGGUGGGUCAGCUGGAGGCUCUACGAGACCUGAAUAUCAGGAGGAACCACCUGGUCAGACUGCCCCAAGAGCUGGCAGACCUCCCUCUGGUGCGUCUGGAUUUCUCCUGUAACAAGGUGACCUCCAUCCCCGUCUGUUAUCGACGACUCGCACAGCUACAGACCAUCGUCCUCGACAACAAUCCUCUGCAGACCCCACCUGCCCAGAUCUGUAUUAAAGGGAAGGUCCACAUAUUUAAAUACCUGAACCUGGAGGCCAGUAAGACGACCCCUGACCUCCCAGACUAUGACAGACGACCUCUGACCUUCAGCUCCUGUGUUGAUGAGCUGUACCCUGGUCGUCCAUAUGGAGCACUGGAUUCAGGCUUCAACAGCGUUGACAGCGGAGACAAGAGGUGGUCAGGGAACGAGCCCACCGAGGAGCUGUCGGAGCUGCCACAGAGAGUGGCUGAGAUCAGCAGAGACCAGAGACUGAGACCAGCAGGGGGAGGAGGACCACUACUGGCUAAUGGAACACAUGUAGAGCUGGAGCAGAUAGACUUCAUAGACAGCUGUGUGGGGGAGGAGGAGGAGGAGGGGGGAGGGAGUCGAGGAGGUGGAGGAGGAGGAGGGGACAGCGCUAGCCUGAGCUCUCAGUUCAUGGCCUACAUCGAGAGACGCAUCACCAGAGAGGGUUCUCCAGUCAAAACCAACUCGCCGAGGACAGAGGACACAAGGAGACACAUCCGGAGUGUGGUCGAUGGUGUCACAGCACCCUCUACCUCCCAAAACCAGAGAGGAGGUGUCGUUCCAGGAGGGGUGGAGAGGGUGAGGAGGGAAGCUCAGCUCGCUGCUCUGAGGUACGACGAGGAGAGACAGAAGACCCGUUCUCUGCAGAGAGACAACGUCACCAGUUACACCAAGCAUAAAGCAGCUCAGAGUCCAACAAAGUCCAGUCCAGACAGUGAGUGUGUUCUGGUGUUUGAGAUUGACUUUAACACAAACACUAUCAAGAGACGACCUGGUUCCCACAAACAGUCUGUUACUGGAGUGUCUGUAGACGGCUGUCGCUCUCAUGCUUCUGAUAUCACCUCCUGUCUGCUGCAGGGAGAGGACAGAGCAGCUCUGUCUCCUACAGCCAAUCAGUCGCCUUCUUACCCCAGCUCAGGGGGUGGGUCCUCCUGUCGGACGGCCAGUCUGAGACCAGAAAGCUUCCUGUUUCGCCUUGGCCAGAAAGAAGAGAAGAGGAAAGGUGACGCUACUGCCGCUCCUCAGAACCAGGGGGAGGCUUGUGCUGCUCCUCCCCUGGUUGGAGAAGAUGCUGAGCUGGUGGAGCAGCUCAGGAAGAACAUUGAAGCUCGGCUCAAAGUGUCGUUGCCAAGUGACCUGGGAGCAGCUCUGACAGAUGGGGUGGUGCUGUGUCACCUGGCCAAUCACGUGAGACCACGGUCCGUCCCCAGCAUCCAUGUCCCCUCUCCUGCUGUGCCUAAACUCACCAUGGCCAAAUGUCGACGAAAUGUAGAGAACUUCCUGGAGGCGUGUCGCAGGAUUGGAGUCCCACAGAGUCAGUUGUGUCUUCCCCUUCACAUCCUGGAAGAGCGAGGGCUCCCCCAAGUGGCUGGCACCGUCAGCGCUCUGCUCAACCUGGCCCCACCCCGACACCCCGCCACCACGACAACCACCACAACAUCAUCAUCAACCACAUCUGGACCCUCCGUCACCAUGUAGACAACACUAACACCACCGCCACCAUCAUCAUCGUUGUCAUCAUCACCACUGCACACGCUCAGUCAGCCUCAGGAAACCAGAUGAGUUUUAGAUAAAAACCUCCAGAGCAGCAGGUUGGCAUCUAAUGGAGACAUGAACAGAGCUGAACGUCAAUAACACAGUGACACUAGUUCUGAUUAUAUCUCUGAAUGAUCAGUCUUUAGUUGAAUUAAAAUCUUAGUGACAUGACAGAGUGCUUAGAUGUGGGCACAGUUGAGCUGAUAUCCACAAUAAACAAGUCAGUGACACCACAAAGCACUCACGACAGCAGCUACAGCAUGAAGAAAAGUGAGAACAUUUAAAUGUAUUCUUUAAUACACAGCAGCUGUUCUGGACGAUAACACAUUUCCUCCAGAAGCAGGAAUAAUCUGCAUUUGUACACAUAUUUAUUAAAUAUUCUCACUUUUCUGUAUUAAACAACUUCCCUCUUUUUUCUACAUGGUCAUGUUAUUUAAUGUAUACACAUCAGUUCAGGGUGAGUUAUUACAAAUAUUUUAACUUUUUACAAGAAAAAAUAUUUUUUUUAACAUACGAGAUAAUGUACAUGAUUAAUUAAUGCUAACUGUUGACUUUUGUGGGUCUAGCUGGUUUGAAAAUUUAUCACCUUCUUACUAGUGAAGUGAGACCUGAUUUUGCCUUCUUUUCUUGUUUUUUUGUUUUUUUUUCCUCUCACAUUGUGAUUGGCUGAGCUGCCAAUCAGUUUAAACACUGUUACAGACCAAUGUGGAGGUUGAUAGUUUCUUAGUUUUCUGCAAUCUUUAUCUGACAUUAUUGACCAUUUAAUUUUAUUUAACUUAUAUAUUUAUGGUUGUUUCUAACACAUUAAGACACAAAACCAAAUAAAAUAUUUAAAUAAAACUAUAACUUAACAACCUAAAGUAAAAUAUCACCCACACACAAAAUCAAAUCAACAAACAUUACACUAAUAAACCAUUUCCAUAAAUAAAUAAAGUGAGUGAGCACAUUAGGCUAUUGUAGCUAAUUGCUAACGAUAGCUAACGUAGAUAUACAGUUGUUGGUUUAAAAAUGACACUAAUGUAGCUUGCUGCUAACAAUUGCCAACACUGAUUUAGUUGGUUUGGAACUGACAAAAAGCUAAUUAACAUUUAUCUACUUUUGGAGUUUAUUAUGGCCGUGAGAGCAAAUGGAAGUGGUGUUAGUUUAAGUAACUUUAGCUGAGAGCAUUAGCAAACAUCUGUAUGCUCACUAGUUCAUUGCUAAUAUUAAUCAACAACAUAAAAAUAGAGGACUGCUUAAUGCUAAUAAUAGUCAAUAUUCAACAGUAGUUAGUUUGAAAAUGCUCACUGCUAACAUUACUUAACAUUGUGAGUCCAGUUGGUUUGGAGGUUAAGCUAAAACAGCUAGCUGUCAACAUAGCUAAUGUUCUUUAACUUAAUUUGAAGUUGAAGCUUUACUUGACAGCUAAUGGUUGUUUACAAUGAUAGUGCUGGUAGCUGGUAACUGCUAACGAUAUCCAACAUAGAUGUACGAGCUGGAAAUAUUAGUUGGUAGGAAGAUGUUCACUGCUACUGUUAGCUAACAUUAUGAAGCUAGUUAGUUUGCAAUUUAAGUUUCGCUCUCACAUCAAGCUGUAAACAUUAGCUAAUAUUAAUAACUACCUGUAAUGUUAAACAUUAGCUAAUGAAACUUCAUGCUAGCUUUAGUUGAUAUGUAUAAAUUUGAUUCAGAGAUUACACCGAUGCUGCCAAUUAAAGAAAAAGAUAGUAGUAGUUGGUUGAAAAUGCUAGUUUUAGCUAACACUAAAGUUAGCCAUUAGCUAAUAUUAAACUACUUCAGAGAGGUUUGAAUCUAAUGUAGUUCAGUGCUAACAUAAGCUAACAUGUUGUUACCAGUUGAAUCUUCAGCUCUGUUUUUAGUCUCCAUGAGAUCCAUACUUCAACAGAAUUUAACUGUUAACAUUUAAAGAGGCAGAAUCUGGUUCGAGGUUUAUUUGAUGGACGUUCAACCCUGAGCUCUGACUCGGAGGCUCCCACAACAGACGUCUUUGACUGAUGCUUUGCACCCUGACGUUAAUAUUUUACUGUUUUUAUUUUUUAACCUUUCUGAGCUCUGAUGGAGGUUUGUAGUUUCAGGUUGGACAGAUGUAAGCAGCUGUUUGAGACUGUCACCCCAUGAUUGACCUUUCACAUGUGAUCAGGACCUUCAUCACAUCUAACUGACCCAAUAACACGCACAUGUUCAUUAACUGUGUUAGACUAUAUAACUAUGUCAUAAACAAGAUAACGUUCACCUCAUUGAUCUGGUCCAACAGCUCACAUAGUAUACUAUAUGGCCAAAAGUAUUGGACAACCCUGUCCAUAUACACUUUAAAAAUGAGAAUAUAUUUUAUUUAUUUAGAAAUUUCCAAACAGAUGUUACAAAGUUGUUUGCAAUCUAAUAAAUUAAAGAUAAAUGAAGCACAAGUAAGAUCAGUGGAAUAAAUAUUGAAACUGAGUAGCACAACAAAGAUCAAAAACAAAUACAAUAGUAAAAUAUUAAAAGAUGACAAAAACAAUAUGUAUGCACAUACAUGUGCAUGAAUAAAUACAUGUGCUGCUUGUUAUUCUUAUUUCAUGCCUGAUAAAUGCAAAGACAACAAGAAGUGGUGCAACAUCCCAAAUGCUCAAAGUAGUUAAACUACUCCUCUGAAUUAUCCUCAUGUGCUUCAGUUUAUUCAUUAUGACAGAAGCUGCAGCCUGUUGCAGGAUUCAGCACCCACCUCUGUUCCUGUGCUGCAGACAUCAAGGAUCUACUCUGAACCAACCAACAGACUCUUCAGCUUUGAACUGACUUUUGAAGUUUGAUAAAUAGAUUUUAUUCUGAGGUUUGUGAGUAAAAGUGAACAAUUUUUACUUUCAUCUUCCUCUUAAAUCCAACAUUUGACCUUAAAGGAGCUAUUUGCAUGUUUUACUAUUGCAACAUAACCAACAUUAGCAAUAGCCAGUGUUUACUUACCAGUCUCACCAAGAGCUUCAACCUCAUUGUGUUCACAAUACAAGAGGUUAUAAUACAUGGUCUGAGCAGCUACUUCUUCAGGACAGACUGGAGGCUACAGUGACUCUGUAUCAGAAAGUGAUGAGACAGGCUAACCAGAGCUAGCUGGUUAGCAUGCUAACUUCAGCAGAAGAAUGGAAGUGAUGGAAAUAGAAACAAAACGAGUUAACAUUGGGAUUGCUUUGUAGCUAUGUAUCAAUAUUAAAAACUUACAAAUCGCUCCUUUUAAGAUGUUUAAUAAAUAUGGCCUGUGACUUUCAGAAUAAAGGUAGGGGGUGUUAUUAGUUAUCUAAAAGGGUUAAUACUAAACUAUAUGUUAAAGCUAACACGUCCUUUUGUGAGGACAAACUUGAGGUGGGAGAGUUUUUUUUUUUUUUUAAAGAUAUUACUUGUGAUUUAACAAAGACUGUGCAAUGGCAGCACAUGAGCUAUUACAGUAUUUCUAUUAUUUUUCUGGUAAAUGGUUAAUUUACCUGUUAACUUCACCUGUUAAUGACUUCUUGCUUUAAUUGUUGAAGCCUGACGAAUUUCCCUGAACUGUGCGCUCAGUUUAUAAAUGGUCCUGAUGUGAUUGGACAAGGUCGAUCAAGUGGUGACCACGUCUCCUCACCUUCUCCCCCUCAUGUUUGUGUUGCAUGCUGGGACAUUUUUCAUGUUGAACCGGUGACAAGGAUUCUCCUGAGCUGACACUAAACACUGAGUGGACAGUCUGCAGUCACUCCGACUCUUAUCUUUAUCACAUGUAUGUGUACAAAUAUAUCCUGUAAAUAGAUACAUCUAUAUUUUUCUCAGACAGAUGCAGUCAGUCAGAGGAUGAGAAAAGUUUUUAAAAAAGUCACAGCACCCUGGAGUACACCUGUGCAUCAGUGCAGCCCGGUGAGAAAUGAAACCAGUGGAGGUCAGCAACGACAGGGUUCACGGGAGUUGAGUUGCUCUGCUGACAGGUCAGCGCUGGUGUUAAAGGACUCAUCUACCACAAAACACUGGGAGUCUUUUUCUCCUCCUGUCACAGCCGUGGAGUUUAUCGUGUAGCACCUGUUCACACCUGCAGCUGUCCAUCAUAUGUCAGAUGUUUUUAUUUUGUUCUGCUGAAAACAACAGGUCAAAAGUCAGUGAACGCAGCUUAAAGAGUUUUCAUAUCAGAAAAUGGAUUCUGCUGUUAAUCUGCUCUGGAUCAUGUUUGCACACAUUCUCUGCUUUUAGCCUCCCAACUGUUUUUUUUUAGUUCAUAUUGAUUAUUUUUGUCCAUUUGUUGACUUCUCUCAGAAGUUGUGUUUACAGGUUUUCUCAGAUGUGUGCUCCGAUGAACGUGGCCUCUGCUUCUGACAGAUAAUUAUGAUCUGUCAGUGUCUGAACCACCUGUUCACUCCUGUGUCAGACAGUUUGAUUGAACUCCUCUGACAGGAUGGAGGAGACAAUGACAUCACAGUUUCAUUUCUUAUUUCAAUUUUUCACUUCCAUGCUUUUCUGAGAGUGUGUGCUGCAUUCAGGUGAUGUGGGAAAUGAGGUUGCUGUCUGUCAGUUCAGUGUUAAGCUGAUUUUAAAGAAUUGAUACUAAAGUUUUCCCUCAGGAGACAUUGACACAAAACUAAACUAGAAAAUCUGGAAAGAAAGUUUGAUUUAAGAUCAGAUCAGAGUCUCAAUUUGUUCCAGUUUCACCUAAAUGCAGCAUCAGACCUUCAGUGUCGGCCUGAAACACUGGGACCUGUCAUUGCACGUUCUGUACUGGGACCCCAGUUUGUUUUACACGUGCAGAACUAUGCUAACAGGACCACAUGACCACAGAGAAGAUUCUGCCCUGAUUUCAGACUCUGAAGCUUGGUCCCGCCCCAACAAAGCUCCACCAAUCAGAUGCUGCAGUUUAGAGACUGUCAGAGACUUCUGGUAUUCACAGACUCACCUGAGAUCUGAAUCACCGUAAACUGAGAGGAAAGAAGAUCAGGAGUGUUUGUGAACUUCCUGUGAGUCUGAACUCACGGCCACAGUCCCCUGAGCAGGUGCUGUGAUUGACGGUUGUGUGUCAGUGUCCUGAGUGGACAGGUGAACCAGUUUAGAAGGUUCAGACAUGGUCUCCAAUUUUUACAGCGUAAUAUUUUUCUUGGUGUUUCUCCUGUGGCGGUGACGAGUCGUGCUGGGUCAUGUGACGGCAGGGUCGUGAGGUUUAAAGGACAUUCCACCGUUUUUAAAGGAGGACAAAUAGAGACUGUUUCACAGGUUUAAGUUUUACAUUUUUUCACUCUGUUUUAUUUUUGCUGACAAACUGUAUAAAAGAUUUGAACACAGCUGUAUGAAGAGUUGAGUUAAGUUUAAGUGCAUUAAAUAAAUAUUUUAA